UUGAACAAAACUAAACAACUACAGUUUUAAAACAAGCAUAUACAUGUAGCAUAUUAAUAGACCUUCAAUUUUGUGAAUAAUGUACUUGACAAAAAGUUUUCAACUUUACAUCUGACCUAUUACAACCAUAUCAUCAUUUGAAGUUUGAAUACAUGUAAUUCCAAAGCUUUUAUUUGCAGGUUAAACGUCCAUUCUAUCACACAAAGCCCAACAGUGAGGAUGGCAUCUAAUGUUACAGUGCAAUCAGUGUUGGAGAAGAUUAGUGUGGAUCAUCUGCAAUGCUCCAUCUGCACCAACCGUUUCAGGCAGCCCAAACUGCUGGACUGUUUGCAUAGUUUUUGCCUCCAAUGCCUCCAAGAGCUCAGACAGCGCCAAGAUCCUAGUGGUACAAAGCUGACAUGUCCUCUGUGCAGAUGUGAAACCAUGUUGAAAGGGUCUGGGGUUGCUGAUCUCCCGAAUAACUUUGCCUUCAGUGCCAUGGUGGAGGAAGUUACAAUGCAGGAAAAGCUACUGGAAGGUCAAGGGUCAGAGAUCAAAUGUCAAGCCUGUGAUGAGGAGAAUCAGGCUAUUUCAAGAUGCAUGAACUGUGAUCAUUUCCUCUGCCAAGAAUGUCACAAGGCACAUGGACGAAUGAAUUUGAUGAUGAAAUCUCACAAAAUGUACACACUGGCUCAACUUCGAUCAGGAGAGAUUGUCUACAAGAGUAAACUAAGAGAACAAGUUCCCAAAUGUGGCAAGCAUCCAGAUCAGAAUCUCAAUGUCUACUGCAACACAUGUGAGCAAGUCAUAUGCACAACUUGCUCUGUACUUGAUCAUGCAAAACACACACUCACUGGAUUACCUGAGGCAGUAGAAAAAUGUAAGAAGAAGAUCACAGAAAUGGUCCAAAACAGUGAGAGAAGAAAAACAGAAUUGGGCACCACCAUAGAAGACACAUGCAAAUCUUGCAAAGAGCUGGAAACCAUGUUUGCCAAAACUCAAAAGAAAAUCUCCAAAAAGGCUCAACAGAAGAUUACAAAGCUCCAACAGGAGAUUACAAAGCUCAAACAGGAGGUUGCAAAGAUCCAAAAGGAGAUAACAAAGAUCCAAAAGGAAGAAAAGAAACUGUUAAAAGAGACAGACAUGAUUUAUAAAGACAAACUCAAAGCUUUUGAAGCUGUUCAAGCAACCAACAGGAAAGAGGUGACACAGACAGAGCACAAGCUAGAGGAGGUGAAACAACUCAUGAAUCAAGCAAGUUGCUACGAGAUUCUUGAACUUCAGCAGAAGCUCUUGCAUAACCUCAGUGAAUUGACAGGGAAGCAUCCACAGCAAGUUCCUGACAAGUUGACCUUCAUGGACUUUGAAGAAGGUGAGAGGUCACUUGGGAGACUCAUUCUGGAGGAAGAACCAAAGGCUGCAGCAAAGCAAUCACCAAGACCUGCAAGAUCAUGUGUGAAGGAGAAAUGGGAACUGAAGACUGAAAUCAAGAACUUUGAAUUAGGAAAUACAGUGAUACGACAUGUGUCAGUACUCUCUGACAAUAACAUAGUAUUAACCAAUUGGAAUAAUACACUAUUCACAGUAUCACUGACCAAUAGUCAACAUACACCAUCUCCUAUCCCACAAAGGCUACAAAUCAGUGGCCUCGCUCAUGUAAGGUGUAUUGCAGUGAGCAAGGACGACAAGCUCCUUGCUCUAGAUGGUCCAGUAGUCAAGGUCUUCAACAAGCAACAUCAGCUCCUCCAUCAGUUCACACCAGGUAGAGGGUCAGCCAGCCAACCAACAUGCCUCGCAGUGGAUGACAGCAAUCUGAUAGCAGUGGGUUAUGAAGGCAAGAAGGAGAUAUCUCUACACAACCCAGAUGGAUCCCUCAUCAGGAGACUGUCUGCUCCAAUGAUUAGAGGUUAUCUGACAAUGCACAACCACCGCCUUAUCAACACAAACUGGUUUAACAAAAGGUUGGUAUGUGUAGACUACUAUGGUGCCAGUGUAUUCUCAGUAGACAUGACCAGCAACAUACAGGAGGAUGGGUGCCCUAAUGGUGUGUGCUGUGACAGUGAUGGCAGCAUCUAUGUUGCUGUGUAUGGAUAUCCCACAGGUGAUAUUCUGCACUACAGUCCUGAUGGCAAGUACAUUGGAUGUGUUAUCAAAGGAUGUGGUUCUCCAUGUUGCAUCACAUUCACAUUGGAUGGUGAUCUGGUAGUGGCUGCAGAAAAGUCUGUACAGGUCUAUUACCGCGUGUGAGGACAGAAUAAUUACACCCAGGGAAAAUAGAAAAGUAAAGGAAAUUAAAUCAGCAACAAAGUAAUCAGUGAUAUUCAUGCAUGCUUUGUUGAAACUACAACUCUCACGGUAUCCAAAAUAUCCAAAACCUCUUUUCCUAACACAAGCAGAACUGAAAUUGGGAAAUAGGUAUUCCCCGCAUAAUUAUUUUCCCUGCAUAAUGUAUUUCUCCAGUUGCUGAUAACUGAAGGAGUCUAUAUGCAUAAUUACUUGUUUACUGCAGACUUUCUUUGCCAAUUACAUGUAAUAGCUGUAAUCAUAAGCAUAGACUUCCAUUGUUAGUUGCCAGUGCCAUCAAUAUCAGCACUCAUCUUGGAAGUCAGGUCAAAUCCCAUCAUGCAAUUGCACCUAAUC